AUGGUGGUUGUGUGGGGUUGGUGUGUGUGUUUGGGUGGGGGGGGUUGUGUGUGUUGGUGGUUGGUUGUGUGUGGGGGUGUGUGGGGGGGGGGUGGGUGUGGGUUGGGGGGAAUUUGGGUGUGGAUGUGUUGUGAGGGGGGUGUUGUUGUGGGGGGUGGGUGGGUGGUGGGUUGUGGGGGGGUGGGGUUGGGGGUGGGGAGGAUGUGGGGGGUGGGUAGAUGGUGGAUGAGUGGGGGAAGAGGGGUGGUUGGUGGUGUUUGGGGUUGUUGUUGGGGGUGGGGGGUGGGGUGUGAGUGUGGUGUGUAUGGGGGUAUAUGA